GACUGUGACUUGUUCUUUGUUUUAUGGGACUGACUUGUGACGGUGGCUUGUGACUUGUUGUGACUGUGUGGAACUCAGUUCAGCUACUGGUUGAUUGUGUGACUGCAGAAAUAGAUAAAAGCCCCCCCCCCAUCCAAACAAUGACUAUCAUCAGUGCUCAUGAGAAAAAAAUUAAUUUUAAUUUUUAUCAUCUACAAUACUGUCUUACUUAUUUUAUAGUACAGUACUUUGAUUAUUGCCUUCAUUUUAUGGAUCAGUGGUCUCGUUAGAUAGAAAAAAUCAUGUUAAAUUGCUGUUUUAGGGAUUGUUUUUCAUCGUCUGGAACGGAUUAAUCCAUUUUCCAUUACUUUCUAUAGAAAGCACGCCUGGGUUUAAGAACACUUUGGUUUAAGAAUGGACUUUCCCAACGGAUUAAGUUCGUAAAGCGAGGUAGCACUGCAUAAAGAACAUUUCUUGGAAUCACUAGCCAGUGGCCCCUCAAUCACAUGCUGCACCAGCCAAUCAUAGAGCUUGCAGCUAGGACUGAUGCAUCCAGGGAUGCUAUUGAACCAGUUGGUCCCUCUGCAUGGAACCCAUAAACACAGUCCCUGUGAUCUGUGUGAUUACAACAGUUCAAGAAAAACCUACUGGUUCAGUUCAGAAGAACCAAUUCAUUCAACUCGACCUCUGCAUGAGUGCCUCCCAACUUGGAGUUCAACAGCAUCCCUGUAUGCUCCCACACCAUAGAAUUGUAGAGUUGGAGAGGACCACAGGGGUCAUCUGGUCUAACCCCCUGCAAUGCAGGAAUCUUUUUGCCCAACAUGGGGCUCAAACCCAUGACCCUUAGAUUAAGAGUCUCAUGCUCUACUGACUAAGCUCUGGAAAACUAUUCUAUUACUGGCUUUAUUAGACAGUAUAUUUGCAUAAUAUACCAAUGUAGGUGCGCUAAAUGCAGAGAAUAUUGGCUCACAGACACAUUUCAAAAACAUGUCAGUGCACGUAUUCUUAUUUGAGGGAAAUCACAGUAUGUAUCCAUCUGCACUUAAGUGCCUUGAUGAAUCAGAACCACAAUCCCAUAGAAGGAAUGUGCAAUAAUGCCAUAAUUACGCAAGAGAAGAAAAUAUGUCAUCAGGUACGAGGAAGAAUGAUGACUUGUAAAUAAAAGUAAAGUAUACUACUGAAAAACUUGAUGCACUGCAAAUAGAAUUUCUUAAUCACAAAACAUUUUAAGUAGAGAAAGGAUGUUUUCCCUCAAACCUUGUUUCCCCCAAUUAUUAUAAGUAGCCUUACAAUUACAAAAUCAAUUUUAUAUUAUCUUAUUUGCAAAUACUCAAGUUUUAUGUUAAUCACUUAAGAAGGCUACAUGACAGACCCUCCUUAGGUUAGCCACAUGGGACUUGUGGAAUUACAAACACACUUACAAACUGAACUUCAAGAUUCUAUUUCUCUGUUGCCCGAUAAUUUAAAAAGCAAAAACAAUGCUGCUCAUAAAAGGUAAAGGGACCCCUGACCAUCAGGUCCAGUCGUGACCGAUUCUGGGGUUGCGGCGCUCAUCUCGCUUUAUUGGCCGAGGGAGCGGGUGUACAGCUUCUGGAUCAUGUGGCCAGCAUGACUAAGCCGCUUCUGGCAAACCAGAGCAGCACACGGAAAUGCUGUUUACCUUCCUGCCGGAGGGGUACCUAUUUAUCUACUUGCACUUUGACGUGCUUUCAAACUGCUAGGUUGGCAGGAACAGGGCCCAAGCAAUGGGAGCUCAUGGGGAUUCGAACCGCUGACCUUCUGACCGCGUCCCAACUGCUGCUCAUAUCUGCAGGCAAAUGUGAUGAAUAAAUAGGUGGAAUAACUAAGUUAUGGGAAUUGCCCUGAAGACACUUUUUGGAUUCAUAAUGUCAAUAUUCAGAAUCUGCAGUCUCUUCCUGCUGGCAUGCAUUGCUCGAUUACUUACCCCUCAAAAGGUUGCCUACAUUGCAGGCACAAAGCACAAUUUGCAAGUCUCACUGCACCCUUUGGUUACUAGUGGGGUUUUAUUGUGAGACUUAAAAACAUGCAUGCCUAUUAUUAAUAAAAAUGGUUUCAAUAAAAGUGAGGACCUGUUUUUGCUGUUGCUCAAGCAAGGAAGAGAAGGAGCCACCCCACCCUUGGCCCUCUGGGUCUUCCAUGCCUCAGGUCAGCUCUGCAGGAAAAAUAUUUCGUUUUGGCUUCUUUACCCUCUUAUUGUGGUUGUUUUGUUAGCUUUCUGCCCCUUUACUUCUUCCUUGUCCUUAUUUGUUUGUCUCAUCAUUCCCCCGCCUUCCUUCACUGAAAUAAAUCAUCACCAUCAUCAUUAUCAUCAUCUAUGGGUGCACACCUUAAUGAAAUGUGCUGUGCACACCCAUGCCCAUGAAUUUUAUAGUUUCAUACAUGAAUAUGACUUCCAUUUAUGGAUUUGGUAACUUGGGAAGCAGUGCUCAGAGGGGAUGCAUUUAAAAAUGCAAAUGCCUAAUAGUUAAGCCUCAUUAUCAUGUUUGCAUUAGUUGCCUUUGUUUGUUUACUCUGAAAACAUACCACAACAGGAAGGUGGCACCCAGUCAAUGGGGGAUCAAAAAUUAGUAGAAUGAAAAGGCACAAAAUUGGAUUUAAUCUAACUAUACCCUACACUAGGAGCAAAUGAGCCAGAAAAGUUGAGUAAUUCUUAUAAAUGCACUUUGACCCUUUCAUCCACCAAUAAAUAAUGAAAUUCCAUUUUUUUAAUCCACUUGCUCUAAAGCUGCAUAGCACUGAAAUGCAUACUGUAUUUACUUUUACUAUUUUAAAAUUAAGUUGCAGUGUUCUUGCUGUAAACACUGGUGGUAGAUGGGGAAUGAACUCGAGUCUUACCAAACAGUGUAGUUUAUCGUGCUAAAGCACAUCAAUGGGCCAUAGUGGUGGUGGUAAUGUUCAUUCUUUCCUGACAAGGGCACAUCCUAGAGGGCUUCUUUGCCAGUGAAUAAUAACAGAAAGCAUCCUUAAGGCAAUUUCUUCUCAGACAGGAGCCCCUUCUUCCACAGGACUUGCUAGGAAUCUUUCAUUUUUGAGAUAAGAUUGGAGGUCUCACUUCAGGCAAGCGAGACUGGUGAUGGUGUGGCAUCCUUAUUGUUUUGGAAAGAGACAGUGGCAGGGAGGAUACAAAUGAGCAUUGUUUGUUUUUGCCUAUUAGCUGGAGGUUUUUUGUUCACUUAUUUCCUGCAGGAUAUCAGGACAGUGUCAGUAGAGUGCCUCAUUGCUUGGCACAGAAUAAUAUUGAACAGAACACCAUGUGAGGAACGACACUUUAAGUAUAGAGACAACUAUAGCCUUUUAACCAGAAAGCUUCAUUUAACAUUGAAAGAGAGGGAGGCGCUUCAGAGGUGUAAUGUGUGUCAGGACUCACCAUUACUUACCCAGGAACUUUUCCCCCAUGCUUCAGCCAGGGUACCAAGGAGACACAAAAGCCCCCAAUUUUGUGCAGUUGAGGGGGUUAAGGAAUCCAGAAACGAAAACACAGCUUCAGCCUCUUUCGUUUGAAGCUCUCUAUUAUUCUCUCAGUUUCUGUUCAACUUGGCAAAAAUCCCAUAAGCCGCAUUUCACAUUGCAAUGCAGCUAAGAUGAGACGUGCACAUUUGAAGCAGCUGUUGUACAUGUACAGAUUGCAGAGCAUGCACAAAUGACAAUUUCAUGAAUAAGAGUUGGUGGGGUGGCUGCAGCAGGCAAGCGGAAACCAAACAGGUAACGCACAUUGAUUGAAAAUAUAUCUACCCCUUCUCUGUUACAGCAAUAUGCAAAUGUGACUUGAAACACAUGGGGGGGAUGACCUUGCUGUGUUUUAGUCCACUAAUGUGUACUUUGCCCUAGUGCCCACAUUCCAUGUGGAAAAGCUAACCAGACUUGUAGUUGAAUAUGGCUUCAAAACUGGUGAACACACACAUUCAACGACAUUGCUUUGAAGUGUAUUGACAAGAAAACCCUUUAAUAUUGAUGUGAUCAACUUGUAUCUAAUUGAUACAAGGUGUGUGUGUGUUGCAUUUAGGUGCCAUCAUCCAUGUGCAACAUGUAUCAUAAGGACUAACUUAGAAGAGGGGUGGACAGAAGGUGGACUGAGUUCUGUUGGUAAAUUGCUGGAUAUUUUGCAGUAGUUAAUAGCAAAGGUUCCUGACUCCCAGUUUUUAACAAUGACAGUAACAAAAAUGCUAACUUCCUCCAGCCCCAGAUUAGAUUUGCUGUAACUCAGGCGUUGAUUUAUAUUUUUAUAUUAAGGUCAUGUUGGUAUGAGUGCAGAAGGCUUUGCCCCUGAAUCACUAUUUAACAUCUGGUUCUGCUCCACCAGCCUCUAUCUGGCAUGUGGCUCUGGUUAGUGGGCCUUAAGAUACUAGAAAAAAAGCAAAACAAAAUGGAACCUGAAAGCCUAAAAUCUGUCUGAACCUGAGUUUGGGUAUUUUCUCAUGCUAGGUUUAAAUGUGCCUUGGAGUCACACACACAAUGUAUGUGCCCAUAUGUGACUAGAAAAAUCGAUUGUAUAUGACAGCCAAUGGAAGGCUUUCUUUCAUGUUGCACACCAAUUGAAGCCAAUACUUGUCUAUGAAAAGUUAAACAUCCUUAUUGUCUCAUUGGCUAGCCAUUCAGGUCUCUUUCCACGUGCUACCAUUUCCCUAAAUGUAUGCACAGCAGACGGCAGCCAUCUCGACUCAUGAGCCACCACCCUGUCCUUGAUUAAAUUCCUCCCAACGUCUGAGGGUGUGUACACACUCCAGUUUGCUUUGCGUCCAGUGCACUCUCAUUGCCAUUUUGGAAAGUGGCACCUAUGCCAACAACAACAACAACAGCAGCAUUUAUUCUGUACCUAUUCUGAGGUUUCCCCUGUAACCAGCUAAUGGCAGUUGUAGUUCAGCAACAUCUUCAGGGCCAAAAGUCUCCCACUCCUGAUCCACCCUAACAACGGUGGAUCUUGGGGUCUCAAAAUUCAGCAGCACCUUGUGCAACACCAAGAUUCAGCACCCGCUACCUCUCAUGCUCCAUUCUAAAGCAUAUCUGUGGCAUCCUAACCCUGGUGGCACCCGCAAAAGUAUCCGCGCCCAGCCCGACUCCUAGGAGCUGAGGUCCCUUCUCUCUCCCCCCCCCAAUAAAAUAUUGGAGGCCAGUUGAUGCACAUUGCCAUUCUAGUGAUGUUUGUGCACUGUGUCAUGUGUGUGGUGGGGCUUACCUGCCCCCCUAUAUUUUAUUCAAGUUGGCAUCCUUGGCACCCAAACUGGUUGUGCUCCCCUAAAUCUGCCUCUUACCACUGUGGUUGUAAUAGCACAGUGACAGGGAGGCAGUGGAAUUUCAUCAGUAGAUGCUUUCCCCAUUAUUACACCCCCCAGGGUGAAAAAAAUAUUGAGGGGGGGUGUCAGGUAAGCCCCGCCCCACAUAUCUCCUGGUAUGCCCCACGGAGGACCUUAAGGUCCAUAAAUAGCAACACCCUACAGGUCCCGGGCCCUAAGGAAGUUAGAUUAGCCUCAACCAGAGCCAGGGCCUUCUCAACACUGGCUCCGAUCUGGUGGAACGCUCUGCCUCAUGAGACCAGGGCCCUGCAGGAUCUGAUUUCUUUCCGCAGAGCCUGUAAGACAGAGUUGUUCCGCCUGGCCUUUGGCCUGGAGCCAAUUUGAUUCCCUCCCCCUCUUUCUUUUUUCCUUUCUCCUCCUGUGAAGAGGCUGCAUCCUAAUGUUUUAAUGUUGUAUUUUAAUCUUGUUUUUUAAAUUGUAUUCUAAUCAACUUGUUUUUAUUAUUGGUUGUUAGCUGCUCUGAGGAAGCUGGGGAGGACGGGAUAUAAAUAAAAUUUAUUAUUAUUAUUAUCAAUCACGCGACACGGUGCGCACAAAACACUAUUUGAAUGACAGUGCCCACCACAUGUUGAAUUUCUACCUGCCGUGCUGCUGUUGCCAACCGAGCAGCCCUGGCAAGAAGCGAAGGGGAAGAAGUGAAAGCACUGCGGAGGCGUCGUCUGAGGGCGGGAAGGGGCCGCGUCGCAACCAUUUCUUCGACGGUGGCGCCUCCCCCCGCCUUGUCCGCACGGGCUCUUCCCGCCUCUUUCCUUGCAGCCGCGCCUGCCGAAGGCGUCGCUAAAGAGCAUCUGCCCGGGAACAGGAAGGAGCCUCCCUCAAAGCUGCCGAGGCGGCGGCGGUGGCGACGAAACUAGGCAGCCUACGAGCAAGUGGCGCUCUCUGGACCUCGCCAGCAAGCGGAACGGAGCCCCGCGGGGGGACGCAGCUGGACCGGUUUCUUCUCCCGCGCGAGGAGCUGAGCGAGGUGAUGGGGCUGCUGCUGUUGCAGGGGCGAUGCUUUCUCUCUCCUUGCGGGAAGGGAAGAUUUAGGUUGAGAUGAAGCCUCCAGCCGAUGUGAAUGGAAAUGUCCGCGCCUGGCACUUCCAUGGGGUGGAGAGGGAAUGGGGUUAAAACGCUGUGCGCGCGUUUUAAAAGAUCAAGAGAAAUCUGAAGGUUUCGCAGGGCAGCAGAGUCCGGACUUUGGGGUAUUCGGCUUGCUAGGCUUAUAGGACGUAUGAAAUGGGUCGGUCUCGCUGUGGGCAGGAUUCCUGCAUUGCGGGGGGUUGGACUACAUGACCCUGGAGGUCCCUUUUCAGCUCUGCAGGAUUUCUGUGAGGGGUUCAAGUGAAAGGAGCGGCUGACUACCAUGCGGUGCCAAAGAGAAAGUCUGACGGCUCCGCGCGUUUGUUUGUGUGUGAGAGAUAAAGUAGAAAUACAGACAAAAUUGGGGAAACAAGUCCCUCCACACAUGUUUUUUUCCCCCAUUCGGUUUUGUGAGAUGCACAAGAUGUUACGAUCUUUCUUUUGGCAGGAUGUUGGCUGUAGUCCAGAUUCUUCGCUGGGUUCCCAGUGCUUCGGUUCUGCCAGGAAAAAGAGGUCUUUCUCUUGAAAGACCCAUCAUCAUGUUAAGGCCAAGGUCUACAACUUACGGCUGGGAGUUAAUAGCCACAUGUUGUCUUUUACUAACCAGCUGUGAAGUCCAGCCCCACCAUUAUGGUGAAACAUUAUCAUACAAAGUUAGCAACAUGGUCAAGCCAUGUAACUCAGGGAUUUUUGUAAUGUUGAUUUUAAAAUAACAGUUUCGGUCUUCUGGUACAAUCGCAACAUGUGAGGAAAGGGUAGGAUUUGUCCAGUAAGAUGCUUAUUUUCAUCUUCUAAGAGACCUUAGUACAAAAAAGGAGGACUAGUUUUUCAAGACAUCCUGUGGCACCUUAAAUAUGAAGUGUGAUAACCAAACCUUUGUCAUAUUCAGAGGUGGCCCACUGAAAUCAUUUCACGUUGAUGUAACUAAGAACUGCUUUCAUUCACUAUUCAGUGAAUGUUUGGGAUAUAUUACUUCUCAAUAGUUCUCUUCAAUACAAUCUGUGAUUUCUUUCUUGGGUGACUAAAGCGUUAACAUGCUUCAACAACUUCCCUUAAUAUUAAGUCAUGAAAAUGCCUGUAAAAUUCUCACGGAACUAGGAACGCCCAUUUUUUCUUCCUCCUGGGGCAAGAAAGUGAUCCCUGAAAUCAAAACACAUAAAACAUCUCUCUAGUUUAAAAAAGUCUCAUAGCUGUGGUUGAAAUUUUAAUUAAUAUUUCAUAUGCCAUUCUAUCCUCAUGUUUACAUGUGUUUUUCUUCUAUUAUCUUCCCCCGCCAUAUUAUUCCAGUGGAAAUAAUACCACUGAAGACAGAAAGGGUGAGAGAUGCAGAUGGAUAAAUGUUCCGUGAUUUCCAUAUGCUAACCAUUUGUAUUUUAUACAGGGAUGUAAUUUUAAAAUGAUAUCUAACAGUUUGUGCAGAAAGAAUGACAUAUUUAAUAUCUGCAAUAUAACCUCUCCAUACAGUGGAGGAAGAAAUGGAUUUGAUGUGGAGUCCUGGAUAACCAUUUGCCCCUUCACUCACACUGAUCCAUGUAGAUGCAGAAUUCUGCAUGAGGGAUGCUGCAGUUGCCCGAUUAAUUUUUCACCUUUAAGAUGCAAUAUUCAUUAGUAGUAUUAAUAUUAAUAUACCUAACCUUUCACCUUAAGGUUUCUAGAAUAGUAGAUGAAUUGAGAAAAUGAUUUACUCAAAGGUAUCUUCUGAGUAGACAUACAUAGGACCAUGUCUGUCAAAUGAGUAUUUUCCAGUAUGUGCAGGACUGCUGUUUUACAAUGCAAUCCUAUGCAUUUCACUAAAAAGCAAUUGAGCUCCAUGAUGUUUAAUCUCAUGUGAAUUUAUACAGGAUUGCAACCUUAAUCUUCAUAGGUAAGAGUUCUAUCCAAUGUUAGCCCUACUCAAAGCAGAGCCAUUCAAAUUAAUGGGCAUGAUUAACAUAGGUUCAUUAUUUUCAAUGGGUCUACCCUACUUAGUCUUGUCUUAGUUGAAUGCAACCUUAAGAGUCUACAUCAGUUACACAUUAGGCUUACACGACAGAUGGAAUUUGUUGUGUCAGUUCACAUUUUGCAAUACUGGCAAAAAAUAUCAGUGGUUUCCAGUUAGCUACCGGUAAGUCCUGUGGACUCCCUGUUUUUCCAAAGGCAAGACAUGGACCCCCUUCCUUCGAAAAUGUUGAUACCUCUAUGGUAGUUUUUGCUAUGUGAAUGGGGCACAGGUUCACUCGGGUCCACAGACCACCAAUUAGGAACCACUGAUCUAUAUAACAGAAGAGCAAAACACUUGAUAUUUAUCCUGUUUUCUUUUGGUUGAAUGCUUUGUUUGAAUUGAAUUAAUAGGGGUGAAAGUCUUCAUCUUGUUUAAUGGUUAGCAGAAGUGUAUUUGAUUUGUGGUCACAGAGUUUGGUGUGGUUUCUUAUCGAACUUGGUUAUAGGAAAACCCAAGACCUUGGUUAUUGGAAAACAUAUAAAUGAUUUAUUUUAAAGAAAUGAAUCCGAGCAGCUUUCAAAUCAAAUCCUACAGGGAGGAGGGUGAUUAGUAGGAAAAGAAAUAAUUUUAUCUAUCUUUUCAUCUUGAUUCUGCAACUCCUCAUUACAUCAGCAAAAUCUAUCCUCUUUUUUCUUAGGGUUAGUGGGUGUAAUGAAAGCUACCAUGUCAAGGGUCAUGUUAUAACAUGUUGGAGUGUUGUCUUCUUGUAAGUCAGCUUGGCCUUGCUUGUUAAGGCUUUACUAAACCACAUUAUUUGUUUGUAUAGUACUAUGCCAACACACUCUUAGAAUAGGAAAGCUGCAUAAUUGGACACACUCAUUUGGAUUGAUUUCUAUAUGUGAACUGCCAAAACCAGCAUGUAGGCAUCUCCAAUGAAAAUGAAGAUUAAAAAUGAGUUUGACCUUAAUUAACAAUAUCAACAAAAAAUAGAUUUGAGGGUCACCAGAAAUGAACCCAAAGGUGUUGUUUGACAGGCAUAUCUAACUAUAAAAUUAUAUCAGGUUGUGUUUUUUUAAUAUAAAAAACCCAGAUUAAUAAAUAUUUUAGCUGAUUAGUUGCCUGUCACCCAAAGGUCUCCAAGCAACUAAUAUUAAAGAAAAAGACGUGCAAAUACAUCAUACGAUAAAAAAGGGGGAAAUCAUAUAACAUGUUAAUAUUUCAUUCAACAUAUGGGAAAACAAAAACCACAAACCAGCCCCCUACAUAGCAAUAAAAAACCAUUUGCAAUAUUGAAACAAAAAAACAAGGCAAUACUCCCACCCACUAACCAGCAGGUAAGACAAAAACUCAACCCUCUUCCCUAGCCCAAAUGACAAUUCACAUGGAGUCAACAACUCCCCCACUAGUUACCAGUUCAUUUCUGGGCCCAAUUCAAGGUGCUCACCCCACCCAGAAGGCAGGUUGCUUCCUGCAAAUCAAUGGUGAGUGGGUCCAGGGUCUUCCGGGAUGGUCUGGCACCUCUCACCUUCCUUCAGGGGGAAGCAAAGCCAAGCAAAGCAGGGAGCUGGUGGCAGACGUUUUACCUGUUUUGCCAUUGUUCUGGCUACUCCUCUCCUGCUGCUGCUUGGGGUUCUUCCGUCAAGGAAUCUUGGCAAUCAAGGUUUGUUGACGGUACUGUUACAUAUCUUGACACCCCCUACUCCCCACCACAGCUUAAGUUUCUUGGGUUUUCUGAGGACAGAGGAUGAUUACUAAAUCUGUUUACAUCUGUGGUGUAGAUCUGCGCUAAAAGCAGGGAAUGGUAAUCAUUGAUAAGUGAUGAUACAGCGAUUGCAGUUACAGCAAGAUUCUUUCAUGCCAUUAAAAUGUAGUAUCUUGGAACACGUAUUUCUCCAUUACCUUUGUGUAAGUUUCCCACAAUGGAGCAUCUCCACAAAUUGGUUUUUUUUUAAUGCUAACAAUAACUUCCAUUGCCAAAUAGCUGCACCUCUCCCUCUGACCCAGUUCAGAUAUAAUGUCAAACCAUAGUUUAGUUUAAUAAGAAAGAGUUGCAGUGACCACAGGUGUUCCCACACCCUUCCCCUCUCUUCCCCUGCAUGCACACAAGUUAAAUGCACACAAGUAGCGGGCUUUCUGUACAUACAUCUGAAGUCAUCUUGUAAACUAAAGUUGCCAUAGGAUGGCAUUUGGAAAAGUGAAAAAAUGCCAGUGUUUUUAGUUUAAUUAUAACCUAACCAGCCUUUAACAGCACCUCCUUUAAUGGAUAUUUCUAUAAGGGCAGAACAGAAGAAUAUGCUGGAGCUUAGAUAUGGGCUUCAUUUAUAUGUGAAUCCUAGUUGUAUAAAUUCACUGCAUAUCAUCAACAUACUCCCAUGCCAAAAGAAGUCUCUGCAUAAUGAACUCUGGUUUAACCACCCCUUUAAUUAUGUCAGUGUUUUAAUGUCACUGUGCUCCUUUGAAUGGAUAGGUGUAUAUCAAGUUUUAACAUUCCUUUUCCAGAAUGGGUGGGAGAGAAAGAAGCCAAAACAUUUCAGAAUGUUCUGCCUGUCUGCUUAUAACUUGUCUGUACUAGCAGCAGAGGACCUCCUCAUUUGUGAAGGAAUAGAAUAAUUAAUCAUUUGGCUUUUUCUUUUCCUUUAUCUUAAUAGGCUAAAGAACGCACAAGCCACCAUGUGGGGAACCCUCCAAUCCAUUUUAGGAGGUGUAAACAAACACUCAACCAGCAUUGGGAAGAUAUGGCUCACUGUCCUCUUCAUUUUCCGUGUCAUGAUCCUUGUGGUGGCUGCAGAAAAUGUCUGGGGAGACGAACAGUCAGAUUUCACUUGUAACACUCUACAACCUGGGUGCAAAAAUACCUGCUAUGAUGAUUAUUUCCCAGUUUCUCAUAUUAGACUUUGGGCUCUCCAGCUUAUCUUUGUGUCUACCCCUGCCCUUCUGGUGGCAAUGCAUGUUGCCUACAGAAGGCACGAGAAGAAACGGAAAUACCGAAAAGGGGAGAAAAUUGACCUUGAAAGUCUGAAAACCCAAAAGUUCCACAUCGAAGGACCUUUAUGGUGGACAUACACCAGCAGCCUCUUCUUCCGAAUUAUCUUCGAAGCGACUUUCAUGUACAUAUUUUAUCACAUGUACGAUGGGUACCGUAUGCCUCGUGUAGUGAAAUGCACUGAUUUUCCUUGCCCAAAUACAGUAGAUUGCUUUAUUUCUCGUCCCACUGAGAAAACUGUAUUUACUAUUUUCAUGCUGGCUGUGUCAGGCAUUUGCAUGCUCCUAAAUGUACUUGAGUUGUCUUAUUUGAUACUAAAGUCUUGCAUGAAGAAGUCUCAGACCAAGAAACCACUGCCCAAUCAUUAGAUGUUUGUAUGUCAUGUACCUAUUUUGCAUUGCUUAAAAGCUCAUCUGUUUUUAAUUAAACUAUAGUAAAUUACACACCUUCUAAAUAGUGGGAGUCCAUCUUAUUUAACCCACAAUUCAGGAAUUCUUUUGUCAGUACAGGCUGAUAAUACCCAAAUACAUCUAGUUACAAAGCUAGUAUUUUGAUUAUUAAACAGCUCUUUUUUUUGCUCCUUUGGGUGAGAAGAGCGCACAGCCUCAAACAUCAUGAUUCUUUAUGAGGUGUUUUUAUUCUCAGGACUCAGGAUAAGUAACAAUUAUUUCCCUAAUUACUUUACCCCCUCAGCUUACUGCAGUUAGUUUUAGCUAUGAUUUACAAACCUGGUUUAUUCAGAUAAAUCAUGGUUUGAAGUUGGCAUGUUUAGACAAACCAUAGUUAAAACCAACCACAGUUUGUCCCAGUCUAAAUUUAACAACAGACCAUGGUUAGUUGAAAACAAUACUGAAUGCUUCCAAUUUCCUUCCAGAGGAGGAGAGCAAACUCAAGGCUCACUCACUUCCACAAUCAGAGGCAGCCUGCCUCCUCUGAAUACCAUUUGUGGGGGAACAGUGGGACAGGGCUAUGAUGCUCAGGCCCAACUUGUGUGCUUCACAUAGGUAUCUAGAAACAGGAUGCAGGGCUACAUAAGCCUUUAGUCUGAUACAGGAGAGUUUUUCUCAUUUGCUCUUACACAGCACACUAAACCACAGUUUAGCCAUGUUAAGUCUGCAAACAGCCACUCUUGAACAUGCUGUGCAAACCCUGACUGCCUUACAUAAUCCUUGCCAGGGUUUAAUGGGACUUGAAGCUCUAAAAAUCAUAUAUUUAAUAUGCAUUUCCCUUUGUUAAGAUGUAAAUGCCAUCAAAUUGCUCUGUAACAGUUUUGAUCACCACGCUCGGCAUAAGUUUUGGUGGACUAGAGUGUGCUUCAGAUGUACACAGUUCCAUGCCUCUGAUGAAAUGGACUCCAGUCUGUGAAAACCUGUGGUAUGAUAAAGUCUGUUAGUCUUUAAUGUGCUAUAAUAUUCUUGGUUUUUAUUAAUCUGGUGGCAAUAGAACUGGGCAUACCACAUAAGAGCUGCCUAUGUGAAUAAAUUGUGGAGAAACUAUAGUUGAGUUCUGCCACUACUUUGUUACUAUUUAAAACGUGCCUUUCACUUGAUGUAGGAAGAAAGCCAAUUCUGUCCUUUAAAAAGUUCUGAAUAUAUAUAUAUAUAUAUAGUGACACCGUUUUGGAAGAAAUUAUUGUACUGCUAUUAUGAGCAGUUUCAGGAAAGCACAAAGAUAUAUCAGGAUUAGCUAGAACAAGUAAUUCUGUCUCCCUGAGAACAUCCUUAAUCCAACUAUGACAAACAGGAACUUUGGUGUGUUUCAUGCUUCUGCUUGUUGAAUGUGUAAUUGAAUGAUUGACUGCCAAAAAGAACAUUCUGCUAUUCAAUGGUC